AUGAGCUCUGGGGCAGCCCAGAGGCUGCAGACACUCCAGCGACACGUGGGCUUCCAGGAGGGCAGAGGCAUGGAGCCAGGCAGCAGCCCGCUGACCACACACGUGCUGGACACUGCCUCAGGGCUCCCGGCCCAAGGCCUCUACCUCCGUCUGUCCAGGCUCGAGGACUGUGGCCAGCAGUGGACCGAGCUGAAGAAAAGUUGCACAGAUCGUGACGGCCGCUGCCCUGGGCUCCUACCUCCAGGCCAGAUGAAGGCGGGCACCUACAAGCUGUCCUUUGACACCGAGGGCUACUGGCAGAAGAGGGGCCAGGAAAGCUUCUACCCAUACGUGGAGGUCGUUUUCACCAUCACAAAUGAGACCCACAAGUUCCACGUGCCACUGCUGCUGAGCCCGUGGUCUUACACCACAUACCGAGGGAGCUAGCGGCUGACCGGCA